AUGGCGGAGGUCCACAACCAAACAUUGAGAUGGCCUGUCAGAGAUAUCAUCUUCGUUGCCACUAUCAGCCCCUUCAUGCUAGCAGCCUUUAUAGAAUGGGCUCUCUUUAUUGCUGCUUUUAUAUACUGUCUCGCCAAGGUGUACCAGAAAGCUGAUCACUGGAGCAUUAAAACCCUUGCUAUUGCCAUGAUGAUCAUAUUCUCUAUCUUGAGAGGCAUUUUUCUCCCCGUCAUGAUCACUACGCUCCCUCUCCCUUCCCAUAUCGCGCAGCGCUUCCCUCCCGUCAUGGUUUCAUUUCUUCAGUGGUUCGCGUUCUGGGCUUUUGCGGCGCUUCUGACCGUCCCGUGGCUCUUCUGCAUCUACAGAAUCGUCACCAACUCGAUAGGAAAGACGCAGAGAAUAAAGAAAGUUCUGGACGAUAAAACCGCGCCAAAAGUGGUCAUCAUAAUGCCCGUCUACAAAGAGACCCCGGAAGUGCUGAUCAAAGCUGUCGACUCGGUCGUGGACAGUGACUAUCCCGGGUGCUGCAUUCACGUUUUCCUGUCUUACGACGGCCAUUUCAUCGAUGAACCCUACCUUCAAGUGAUCAACCAUCUCGGCAUUCCCAUAUCGCUUCGAAACUACCCACAGAGCAUCGACGUGGCAUACAAGGGAGCAAGAAUCACUGUGUCUCGCUUCAAGCACGGCGGCAAGCGCCAUUGUCAGAAACAGACCUUCAGACUUAUCGACAAGGUAUAUGCGGAGUACCUCAAACAGCAUGACAACCUAUUUCUCCUAUUCAUCGACUCAGACUGCAUGCUUGAUCGACUUUGUCUGCAGAACUUUAUGUACGACAUGGAGUUGAAGCCAGGGAGUAAGCACAAUAUGUUGGCAAUGGCCGGCAUAAUCACAUCAACCACGGAGAGGAAUUCGCUUAUCACAGUACUACAAGACAUGGAAUAUAUGCAUGGACAGCUCUUUGAACGGUCUGUCGAGUCUGGCUGCGGAGCAGUUACCUGCCUUCCAGGUGCGCUGACUAUGCUGCGAUUCUCUGCUUUUCGCAAGAUGGCCAAGUACUACUUUGCAGAUAAAGCUGAACAAUGCGAGGAUCUGUUCGAUUACGGGAAGUGCUACCUGGGCGAAGAUCGCUGGCUGACCCACCUCUUUAUGAUCGGAGCGAGGAAGCGGUAUCAAAUUCAGAUGUGUACAACGGCAUUCUGCAAGACCGAAGCGGUGCAAACCUUCAGCAGUCUUCUCAAGCAACGGCGUCGAUGGUUUCUAGGCUACAUCACCAAUGAAGUUUGUAUGUUGACCGAUGUUCGGUUAUGGAGGCGAUAUCCCCUCCUCUGCUUGGUCCGCCUUUUGCAGAACACUAUCCGCACGACUGCACUUCUUUUCUUCAUUCUACUUAUAGCGAUCACCACCAGUUCUAGCAGGGUGGACGAUUUGCCUGUCGGCUUUGUCGUGAUAUCACUUGGUCUCAAUUACACCCUGAUGUUCUACUUUGGCCUGAAACUCAAGAGAUACAAAGCCUGGCUCUAUCCGCUGAUGUUCAUCAUGAACCCUUUUUUCAACUGGCUGUACAUGGUAUAUGGGAUAUUCACUGCGGGCCACCGCACAUGGGGAGGACCAAGAACUGAUGCUGCUAGAGCGGAUGAGCAUACUACUCCUGCACAAGCCGCGAGACAGGCUGAAGAACAAGGGGACGAACUCAACGUCGAAGUGGAGACAUUCCGAUCGGGUGUUGAAGGAAAAGGAGUGCCGGUCCGCCCACCGCGAAAGAUCACAGGGCGUUUCUCUGCGGAAGAGCCUAUGCCACCGAAAGGGUGUUUUGACACUCUUACCGACUCGGAAGCUGGUUUGACAAAGUUCUUGUCUCCCCUCCCAGAGAUUCCUCGUAUCGGCCUUCAUUCGCCAUGGUCAACAGAGUCAGUCCUAUCGUCUGAAUCCGGUUGGGAGUCAAUUGAUAUGCCGCACAACGUGGAGAGCUUGGUUAACGAAGAACGGCUGUAUCUCAGUCGUAAGGUACAGGAUCCCGUGGCUGCUCGCCUGAGCGUUGGGACGUCUUCCGAUGUUCAGAGUACGGACAAUACACAGUCACCGCGGACGAUCGUUGGCAUCGAUCGCACCAAGCCUGGGGACGACCAAGACAGCUUUAUAACGUCACAUAGCAGAGGUUCAGUGGCGGAUAGCGCUACUGAAACGGACGAGACAUCGCAGGGCCCUCAGACGCAAAGCUCAUAUGACUCAACAGAGCCUCUUACGGCCUUUCGGAGACUCUCAGAUAUCGGGGUUUCUCACCUGCAGCGUGUGAGCCAAACACCGAAGAUGGCGAAAUCACGGAAAAGGGGAACGGUGGCCUAG